AUGCUUCCCUUGGCCCCGGGUAGAAUCCGGCUCGAGCAUGAGAUUAGUGCUCGGAUUGGAUCGCGAAUGAGCUCACAAAUCCCCUACCUGUCAGAACAGACACACACAUCCUCGAAUAUUGUCCUAAAAUUGAACUCACCAGAGUCUGUGGUUCGUGGCACAAGAUCUUCCGACAAGGCAGCUACUUCCGAGUUUGCUUUCGUUGGCGACGGAGUAGUUUCCUUGCUGGCUGAUUUAGACUCAUUCUUCACCGGUAUUGGCCUCGUUUCACUACUGUGCAUCGGGAUGGCUGUAUCUUUCAAACGCAGUCGCUUAUGCCCAGUACCCAAUAAUUCCGAUCGAAUAUCUCGUUCGAAAUCUUCCGGUUUGAAGUGUUGCGAACAGACCCGAGAGUGUUGUGAUGGGACGAAAGCAUGA